AUGUGUCUGACUCUGAGUGACUGUUGGCAGGUACUGAAUGGACAGAGGAAGUAUCAGAUCCGUCUCAAGAGCUCAGCAGGACCCAUUGAGGUUCUUCUAGUAAACAAGGACCCGUCCAGCCCGUCUCCAGUGGUACUGCCCGUCCCCCCACCAGAGGACAUGCUCCAGAGCCUGCCAGUGCCUGCUUCUGCUGCUAACCCAAAACCAGCACCUGCUGCCCCCUCCCAGCCCAACCAGCCUCUGACCCCCUCCUCCAACCCCAGUUCUGCCACACUCUCACCUGCCUGCACAGCUACUACCAACCAGGCAGUCACCACCGCAGGUACGAUUUGGUCUGAAAAAGGGCAGACUACUUACUGUAUGGUGUCUUUAUCUGAGCAUUGGAAUGGCAGCAAAAUGUAUUUCUCAUAUCAUUGUCCUACUUUUACAGUGUCCAGCAAAAACACCAGCACACUGACUGUUUCCACACCCACUACAAACACAACUGCCCAACCGACACCCCUGUUGGACACCCAGCCUCUCCAGUCCUCUGCCUCAUUGGAUGUCUUCUCUUCCUCAUCUUUAGCAGUCUUCGAACCAAUCAAGACUGACCCCUCAGAACGUAAGUGUCACCUGCUGUUUCCCUAAGAGCAUAAUGCUUCUCUAUCCUGCUACAAAAUCAUACAAGGGGGAUACCACAGAACUACAAAAUAUACAUCAGUUGGUUUAUUUAGGGCGUGUGCACUCAUGUUAUUGAGUGAGUGACUAUAAUGUUUUCUGUCUUCUGUUUGUAGUGCUGGAUUUCCCCAAAGAACUUUCUGAUAUGUUUGACCCAACUAAAGGUAAAGAUCACCUAUUGGAGUUAUUUUGCUAUGGCAAAUGUUAUCAAUGUAUAGGCAAUUACUUGAGAUUAUAGAUGUAUGAAAGAUGUAUGCACUCACUAACAGUAAGUCGCUCUGGAUAAGAGCGUCUGCUAAAUGACUAAAAUGUAAUAGAUACCAGAAUAAGUGUUUUGCACCUUAAUUCUAACCCCUCAUCCUCAUUCCCCAUAUCUCUCCCUCACACUGUCUCUCGGGGUAGAGAUCAUGAGUGCAGACCUGUUGGAGGAGUUGAUUUCUUCUGAGGGUAAGUUGACAUGCAUACAGGUCUGCUGAUUUGGAUUUGUGGAUCAGUAAAGAUAUACUGAACAUAUCACAAGUUAAGAGAGGAGUGUAUUUUUUAUCUCUUUGUACCUCUUUCUUUCCCAGUGUUCUCUCCACUCCUCCGUUUGUCUCCCCCUCCGGGUGACCAUGACUAUAUCUAUAACCUUGACGAAACUGAAGGCCUUUGUGACCUCUUUGAUGUUCCUAUCCUUAACCUUUGACCUCUGAGCUGAGUUCCCAACAGUGUUUAAUGUAAGGAAAUCUAAGAACAAACCAUUUUUACCAUUUUAUAUGGAAAAGACAAAUGAGUGAUUCUAUUUUUGGAUCCCUGUGUAUUAGAAGAUUGUUCUGUGUAAAAAGAAAUGUUUUGAUGUCAGUCUGACCUGACCCUCUUCUUUCUCUUACCCAAAUCGUUCCCAAAUCUUUCCACUAAACAUUGGCAGGAAAUGUUUCAGGGCGUAGUGGCUCUAGGUUAGAUGAAAAGGGGGGGAUAAAGAAAUAUUGUCCUCUCUGAACUGAUGAUCGCUCAGGUGAAAUGCCUUAUUUUCAUACUGGUCUGUGAUUUAACUAUAUUCCCUCCAUCCAUCUAUGUUUUGAAGUAAGUUACAAACUGGCAAAAGCAGUCAUCAUUGCACUCUGAUCCUCAUCAACAGUGUCAACAGAUUCAGAGACGCCCAGGCAACUGCACACACUCGUACAGUACGCGUGAAUGUGUACACACACACAGCUGAUCAAAUACGCACUGUUGUUCUGUGUAUAUAGAGAAUAUAUAUAUUUUGUAUUACCAGCAUUUGUGGCGUUAAGUGUGUAAUGAACUACAUGUGUAAUAUAGUGAACCAGGGUUCCAGACGAAGACAUGAUAAGAGAAAGUUUUAGGUGUAAUGCACAUUGAACUAACUGCAACAUGUCUAUCAUUCACCUUGGUGCCUUUGCCUUGUUUUGUCAUUGUUUUCUUUCUUACCCGUUUCACUCACAUUGUCUGUGGCACUCUUGGUUUGUCUUACAAUUAUGUAUAUAUAUGUUAUUUUAUUUAGUCUGUAUGUAAAAGGAAAUGUUUGUUUCAUGUAUUUUUUUAACAGAUAAAAUCAUUAGUUCCUAUAAAGUAUGGGUGCUGGUCUAGCGUAUUUGUAUAUAUCACUCUGAUCCGUGUUCAAUAGUAAAGGUCCCCCCACAUGCUUUCACCAUGACUAUGGAAAUACAAAUGUUGACUUUGGUGAGAGAAUAUUUGUUUUUUCUUUCAUUCUGUUCAUUUGUUUUCAUUCCUUCCCAGAGUACAUUGUUUCCUUUUGUAUUAUAGAAUAUCAUUUAUUUUGUAUCUGUCAGAUAUAUUACC